AUGAAAAUGAGUGAAAACUCUUGUGAAGCCAACAGUUUCUGUGUUGAAGUCAACGGUUGGACCGUUUGGUGCGAAAAGUUUGGUUCGGGACCCAAACCAAUACUUUUAAUACCCGGAGCCAUUGGGACCGGGAGGUCUGACUAUGAAGAACAGUUAGAAGGUGCCGAUGAACUUGAUUAUGAUAAGUUUACAUUGAUUGCUGUGGAGCUGCCCGGUUGGGGCCGAUCCAGACCUCCCGUUAGAAAGUACGGCACCGGUGUCUAUGAUAAUGAUGCUGAAUGUCUUCAUAAACUUAUGCAGGAAUUGAAUUAUAAUAAGUAUUCAAUAAUCGGUUGGUCUGACGGCGCGAAUGUAGCGCUUCGUAUGGCAACUAAAUAUCGACAAUCCGUUGAGUCCUUAAUAUUGGUCUCCGUUUAUACUUAUGUAACAAAUGAUAGUCUGAAAGCAUUGACUUCAUCUCAAAGUGUCGACAAUUGGAGUAAACAAAAACUCAAUUCUUAUCUCCAAAGCUAUGAUAAUAAGGACGUAAUCCAACAGUUGUGGACUAAAUACGUGAGAUUUAUUGAAUACUACAACCAAUACUUUCCCGAAAAUAAAAACAAUUAUCAAUCGAUUAAAUGUAAAACACUUCUCAUU